UCAAUCCAGCAGUCUCGCUCCCUCUCUCGCGCCUCCUGCUCCCGUUAAACACUGGGAUGUUUAAAUAAGCUCGUCACAUCCGCCACAACUUAUUUCAGGAAGUUUUCAGCUCUGAUAGUUACAUUUUACUUCAUAUUUCUGCGGGCGGCUUUUGUCUGCUUAAACCCUUAGCAAUAAUCAGAAUGGAUUUGAUGUUAUCAACGUCAGACUUCAGCACUGAGAAGCACAGCUGAGUAAAGUUGUUUGGUAAACUGGAAGUUUGACGAGAUGUGGUUCUUUGGACUUCUGCUGGCCUCUCUCUCCGUUCGGACGUCACACGCAGUGUUUAAAAUACCAUUAAAGAUAUAUGCGGGGCAUUUUAACUCGUCUGUGCAGCUGGACCUCAGGCCUUCACAGAGUAAAAGCACGUCAGAUGAAGGACUGUCUCUGGCAUCCGAUCCAUCCGGCAAUGUUAACUUUCUGGACAUGAUCAAUAAUUUAAAAGGGGACUCUGGUCGGGGUUAUUAUAUGCAGUUGGUCAUUGGAAGUCCAGGACAGACGCUGAACAUCCUUGUUGAUACUGGAAGCAGCAACUUUGCUGUAGCAUCAGCAGCACAUCCCUUCAUAACACACUACUUUAACAGAGACCUAUCCAGCACAUAUGAAAGCACUGGGAGGUCUGUUGCUGUUAAAUACACACAGGGGGAAUGGGAGGGGGAAUUGGGAACCGACCUGAUCACCAUUCCUGAAGGACCCAGUGGCACCAUCAUCAUCAACAUAGCUGCAAUCCUCGCCUCAGAAGACUUCUUCUUGCCAGGGAUCAAUUGGCAGGGAAUUCUGGGACUUGCGUAUCCUCCUCUUGCUCGGCCCGACCCCUCAGUUGAGCCCUUCUUCAACUCUGUUGUGCUUCAGACUGGCAUUCCAGAUGUGUUUUCUCUUCAGAUGUGUGGAGCAGGAAUCCCUGCCAGCAAUACAGCAGCUGACCCAGCCGGCGGCAGCCUGAUCAUGGGAGGGGUUGAGCCAACCCUGCACCGGGGUUCAGUUUGGUACACCCGUGUCAUAGAGGAGUGGUACUACCAAGUGGAAGUUUUGAAGCUGGAAAUUAAUGACCAAAACUUAAAUCUAGACUGCAAAGAGUACAACUCGGAUAAAGCUAUUGUAGAUAGUGGGACGACUCUACUUCGACUGCCUGAAAAUGUUUUUAGUGCUGUGGUGGAGGCCAUUAUGAAAGCAUCAAUGAUUGAGAACUUCUCAACUGGAUUCUUUGAUGGUACCAAGCUGGCAUGCUGGGCAAAAGGAGAAUCACCUUGGAGAUUUUUUCCUAAAAUCUCAAUCUACCUCAGAGCAAUGAACACCAGCCAGUCCUUUCGCAUCACCAUUCUCCCACAGCUGUACGUGCAGCCAGUCACAGAUAUCGGUGGUACAUUGGACUGUUUCCGUUUCGGGAUCUCCCCUUCAACCAACGGCUUGGUCAUUGGAGCCACUGUGAUGGAGGGUUUUUACGUCAUCUUUGAUCGCGAACAAAAGAGAGUGGGCUUUGCUGUUAGCACCUGUGCAGAAAACAGCGGUGUACCACUGUCUGAGAUCGCUGGGCCUUUCCUGGCUGAGAGCGUGACGUCAGACUGCACAAGUGGUGUGUCUAUCAGAGAGCCGGUGAUGUGGGUGUUAGCGUAUACUCUGAUGGGAACAUGUGCCCUGGUGCUGGUCAUACUAAUCAUACUGCUUAUAGUACCCUGUCGAGGGCACAGAGAUGGCGAAAUCACGGACGAGUCGUCGCUUGUGCGCCAUCGCAUCAAGUGACGUCAGGAGUCUGAAGAGACCUUAGGAAAAAUACCAGUGGUAAAUAUACUGCACUGAAGCCUGGAGGAGAUCACAAAUGCCUGAUUUGGAAAUCAGAUUAUUAUUUGAUUUAGACUUUUUAGAAAGGACAAGAACUGAACUACUGAAAGAUGAAGAAAUCAGGAGUAUGCAUUUCACCUAAUCGUUUUCUCUUUUAAAAAAAUAUUACAUUGAAAUAUAAACAAA